AUGGCACCUUUCACUCCACCAGUGUUGUACACCCGUUUACCAACCUCAACACCUUCACCUUCUUCAUUCACAUCACCUUCAUCUUCAAGAUCAUCUUCACCAUUCUUGAGAGGUUCACCCAUCGAAUAUCCAAAUCCAUUGAUAUCAAUGACAUCAAAUAAAGUCAAACGAUAUCGAAUAAAACCCAUACAAGCAUUUUUGAUCAUUUCGAUAUUUGCUUUGAUCACAUUACCUUUAACAUUUCAUUAUAGACGUGAACAAGUUUCAUCCUAUUUAUAUUUCAGUUCAGGAUCACAAUAUAUAACAAUUGAUCUAUCAACGUCUCAUAUACCUCAUGCAUCAGGUGGAUUAAGUGAACAUCUCAAGAUACCUUUAACGUUGGAAGCUAGAUUACAUUAUUUACUGUCUAGACCUGCAUUAUAUCAAUGGGAAGCUGAAUUACCCAAUAGACACGGAUGCCCAUUUUACACUUUUUCAAGAAAUACUUAUUUCUUUCACGAUGGUAAACCUGAACAAUGGGAAAAAAUAGACCCUUCCGAGAUCAGAAGAUACCGAUCAAAAAUAGUGGAUUAUCUGAGGACGGUAGAAAGGGAAGGCGGUAAACUGGUUUGGGACGAUGAAAUGGAAAAACAUGUUCCGGUUGAAGAUAGAAAAGGUAUUAUAAUGACAGGUGGUGAAGGUAAAACAUUGGCAAGAUUGAAAAUAUCAUUGAAUAUGCUUCGGAAUGUACUUCAUACAACUCUUCCAAUUGAAGUAUAUCAUUUCCCAGAUGAACUACAAGAUCAAGUCGCUCGAGCAGAAUUAAUCGAUGAAUAUGAUGUGAGAUUAAAGGAAGUGGGAGGUAAAAGUCCUAAUGGGAAAAGCUGGAAUAUCAAAAAUUCAGCUUUCUUGGCUAGUAAUUUUACUGAAUUUGUAUAUAUGGAUAGUGAUAAUAUACCUCUAAUCGAUCCUCGGACGUUAUUCGACUCAAUAGAAUAUAAACAGAGUGGAAGUGUCUUUUGGGCUGAUCUGAAUAAAGAUCAUCCCGACAACGCAAUUUUCCGUAUACUCGGGAAAACUUGUACAGAUGAUCAUUGGCCUGCCGAAGCUGGUCAGCUUCUAUUCGAUAAACGAGGUAACAAUGGACUGAAUCUUGCGAUACUACAUUUAUCGAAUCACAUGAUGACGAAUCCUGAUAUGUAUGGGUUCCUAAGUUAUGGUGAUAAAGACACUUUCAGAUUCUCGUUUUACGCAUUGGGUCUACCAUAUCAACAAGCACCCAAAAUAUUUGCUACUACAGGUGGAUAUCAAACUCAAGGUGGCGAUAGUUCAUUGGAUUUCUGUGGUCAUUCCAUGAUUCAAUGGGGCUUAACACCGCUCUCAGCAAAACAUGAUCCAACAUAUCAUCCACCACCUGCAUUCUUACAUACGAUCCUAGCUAAACAUCGUCAAAACCUACAACCAUCAAAACUGUUUUCACAUAUCCGUCGACCACGAUUAGACGGCAUUUCAGAACCACUCUUAGUCAGAACAUUAUAUGAGUUCACGGGAGAUUGUUUCGCUCUAACUUUGAAAGGUCCAGAUGGUGCCCCAGAUAUAGAGAAUUCAAUGGGAGAUGGUCAAGGUGUUGAUAUGUAUAACUUGAAAGACAUAUUGGGUAAUGGAGAAGUCUGGAAAGAGGUUGAAAGGUUGAGUGAAGGUUUCGCAAAGAUAAAUCAGAAUUAA